AUGAGCAGCAACGAAAUCGUUUCCGAACCCGAAUACCUUCGCAGCGUUGGCACAUUCGACAGCCUCAGCACAGAAGUCAAUCCAAAAGACAGUCAAGAUGAUGAAUCGCCUGUCAAAAAAGUGUUGGGGCGGAUUCAAGAAGGCGCUGCUGCCAUUUUCUCCUGUGGAAAGGCUGGUGAUGUCGACGAUAAGCAAGAAAAGGUGAAAUCGAGCACGGAAUCAAUAUGA